CUGUCAAUUGAAUACAAAAAUUCGCGGGUAGUUAAUUUUCUUUUCUGCUCGAAGUUUUUUGAAGAAUAUUACAAUUAAAGCGUGGCGUUGAAAUAUAUUAAAUAUGAUUGAUUUGUUCAUGCCCUUUCGGGCAUUUUUGAAGUUCGAGAACGUUUGUACGGACAACAAUGUUUUCCAAAUGCACUAUAAGGUGACGGUGAUAAUGUUGCUCGUAUUCACGCUUCUGGUGACUUCGAAGCAGUUCUUCGGAGAGCCCAUCCACUGCAUGAACGACAACGAGAAGGAUACCGACAGGGAUGCCGUCAACAGCUACUGCUGGAUCUACGGCACCUACUCCUUGAAAAGCCGAUUUGUUGGUGUGGAAGGCAAGGACAUGGCGUACCCUGGGGUUGGUCCAAACACCGGUGACAAUGAUGAGCAGAUUAAACACACUUACUACCAAUGGGUGUGCUUCGUACUUCUCGGACAAUCUGUCAUGUUCUACACUCCUCGUUAUCUCUGGAAGUUCUGGGAAGGAGGACGACUUAAGGCUUUGGCAGCUGAUUUGAGUAGUCCAGUCACCAAGGAUUGUACUGAGUUCCGACGCGGCGAGCUGGUCUCCUACUUGAGUUACCAACGUGACACUAACUUACAUACCCACAACAUGUAUGCGCUGCGGUAUGCCUUCUGUGAGAUACUCAACCUUCUCAAUGUGGUUGGCCAGAUAUUCUUACUUGACAUAUUCCUUGGAGGCGCAUUCCGGAACUACGGCGCGGCAGUCGCGGCGUUCUCGCACACUCCUCGCCUUCCCGCCGACAUGACCGACUUUGUGGCCGCCAACCCCAUGGACCAGUUCUUCCCCAAACUCACCAAAUGCUGGCUUCGAAGCUACGGACCUUCCGGCACUUUGCAGAUGAAAGACCGCCUCUGCGUGCUUCCGUUGAACAUAGUCAACGAAAAGAUCUUCGUAAUCCUUUGGUUUUGGCUUAUAAUAUUAGCUUUUGUUUCCACCUUGUCUGUUCUGUUUCGAGUGUUAGUGCUAUCCCUUCGGCCCCUUCGCGCUUUAAUGAUUGCUGGUCAACUGAGGAACGUGAAGAAGAGCACGAUAUGUCGCAUUGUGAAGCGGUUCAGUUACGGCGACUGGUUCAUACUGUACUUGCUGGGCAAGAACUUGAACCCCAUCAUUUAUAAGGAUUUGAUCAUAGAACUGUCCAAAGAGUGUGAACAUAAAACUGUCAUGAUUUAAUAUUUUUCUUUAUGGAGGUACUGGUGGACUGGCGUUCUAAAUUAAUAUAAUCUGUAUUAUUUGUCAUAAAUGCAUAGUAUGUUUCCAAGCAGCCAAAAUCUUUUCCAAUAACUUUAACCCAUAAAUGAUGUCCAGUUCACUGGUACUGCCAUAUUAAGAGAAAUCAUUUUCUCCAGUAAAUUGCUCAAGAACAGUACAAAGUAUUGUUUAGAUUUAUAAUAAUUAUAAUAUUUGAUUAAGAUAAAGUGCCUUAUUUAACUUUAAUAAGGUAAAAGUUAUAAUUUUGAACAUUAAAUUGAUUCUUAGUGUUUAAAAAUUUAUCUAAUUCUUCAAUGAUUCUAAAUUACCUUUCAUUAUGAAAGAAAUAAGAUUAAUCUUUAUUUUAUGUCGGAAGUCAAAA